AUGGGUUUGAACUUUGUUCCGUAUUGGAACAUAGAGAGGGAAGGGGCUGUGGCGGGAGUGCUCCACGCGUUCCACUGCUAUAGGCGCUCCGCCCAGGAUGCUGACGAAUUACGAUCCGAAGUGGCGCGCCUCCGCGCUCUCAAUUCUCAACUUGCUGAGGAUCGCGAAGUGCUCGCCGCUCAACUGACCGCCAAGGAAAACUCCUUUUCCAAAGAACUAGCCGAGCAGUCCGCUCGUGCUGAAGUUAGCUUAGAGCUCCGUGACAGGAGGAUUUCUGAAUUGGAGAAAACUCUUGCAGAGCUGCUGCAGGAGGCGCAGCUAGAAUCGAGCGCGAAAGCAGACCAAAUAGCUUUGACGGAGGCCGACCUUGAAAACCUUCGAUCUGACCUGGCGAAGAAAGAUGAUCUUCUAUCCACAGCGAAGACUCAAGCCCGUCUUGACGCGAAGGCCUUAGAAGAAAGAUUAAGGUCAGAGGCUGCUGUUGCUGCCGCUUCUGAACGCGACCGAGGCUUCUUCCUUGCCAAAUCCCAAGUCGAACAUCUUCAUCCUCUAAUUGAUCUCAGCCAGAUGGGAGCAUUUAAGAGGGUUACACCCACAGGAUUGGUCGGGCUCGACGAUCCUCCAGGCUUCGUCGCCGAGCAUUUCCUGACGGAAGAAUACGUAGAGCCAACUCAAAAUGAAAUGGCAUCCUACAUUGCCUGUUUGGGAGAGCUCAGGAAGAAAGCUUUUGAUGAAGACCUCUUCAUCAACGUCAGGCAUCCGGAAGAUCCCAACGUCUACGACCUGACCAACAAACUGUUGGGAAUGUAUCUGAGUCCUGAGAUGGAUGCUAUCCUCCGAGAUUUUCUCUGCUUCGUGGAGGAAAUUCAAGAGCUCUGCCGGCGGGAGCUGGAUCUGCUAGAGGAGAAAGAAACGGUGAUAACAACUCUGGAGACGGUGGAAGAAGGUCCUGAGAAGCAGGAGCUGAGCCGGAAACUCUGCAACUUAGAGUACGUGCAAUACCGGUUGGAGUUUGAGAGGACAGAGCAGCGCAAAGAAUAUAAUAUCAAAAUGAGAAUGGUGGUGAAGAUAGUGGUGAUGGGUGGUGGUAGCUGCAGCGGUGGCGGUGAUGGAGGGUGGGGUUGUGGAGGUGCUACAGAGGUGGCAGUGGUGAUGCUGAGUGGUGGCGGCAGUGAAGGGAGUGGUAAUAGUGGUGGUAGAGAGGAUGGUGGCCGUGGUGGUGUGGGCAGCAGUAGUGGCGACAACGAUGGUGGUGGAGGGUGGUUGCAGCAAGCCGACAAUGGUGGUUGA